GCCAUUGCAGCGUCUAGUCUGCCGAAUCCAAAGAAGAAGAAGAAGCUGCUGCUGACCAAUAGGCAGCUGACAGGAUAGUGUGGACGGCAGCAGAGCGAGCUGUGUAGCAGAAUGUUUAGAAAACUUUUCAUAUCUUUGUUCCUCCUCACUAUUUUCUACCAUGACCCUGCUGACGCACAGAAGAAAAAAGAGACUCUGCUGUCAGAGAAGGUGACUCAGAUGAUGGAGUGGUCUUCCAAGCGUUCAGUGAUCAGGAUGAAUGGAGAUAAGUUCCGUCGCUUUGUUAAGGCUCCUCCCAGAAACUAUUCGGUGGUCAUCAUGUUUACGGCACUGCAGCCACAGAGACAAUGUGGGGUCUGCAGACAAGCUGAUGAGGAGUUCCAGGUGCUGGCUAACUCUUGGCGUUAUUCCUCUGCCUUUACAAACAAAGUCUUCUUUGCGUGUGUUGACUUUGAUGAAGGAUCCGACGUCUUUCAGAUGCUUAGUAUGAAUUCUGCGCCGACCUUUCUCCACUUCCCAUCCAAAGGGAAACCUCGCAAGUCUGACACCUAUGAGCUGCAGGUCAGAGGCUUUGCAGCUGAGCAGCUGGCCAGGUGGGUGGCAGACAGGACUGAUGUGCAGAUCCGUGUCAUUCGUCCGCCCAACUACGCCGGGCCGCUCCUGCUGGGCUUCCUCUUGGCUGUGAUUGGAGGACUGGCAUAUCUGCGAAGACACAAUUUGGAGUUUCUCUUUAACAAGAAUGUCUGGGCCUUCUCUGCACUGUGCUUUGUCCUGAUCAUGACUUCAGGCCAGAUGUGGAACCACAUCAGAGGACCUCCUUACGCACACAAGAACCCCAGCACCGGGCAAGUUAGUUACAUCCACGGCAGCAGUCAGGCCCAGUUUGUGGCUGAGACGCACAUCGUCCUCCUCUUCAAUGCUGCUGUAACCAUGGGAAUGGUGCUGCUGCAUGAGGCCGCUACCUCUGACAUAGACAUUGGAAAGAGAAAGAUUAUGUGUGUAGCAGGUAUUGGUCUGGUGAUGCUGUUCUUCAGCUGGCUGUUGUCCAUAUUCAGGGCAAAGUACCAUGGAUACCCAUACAGCUUCCUGAUGACUUAGAGCUGACCAUUGUCCUCCAACUUCACAGCAAGUAUGAACAGGAAGUUCCCCAAAGUGCUGUCAACAAGCAUGGUGCUCUCCAUGGCCACGCCACAUUUCUGUUUGCUAAGCCAUGACUUGUCUUCUAAUCUGUUGAGCCAAAAGUGUGUGCGAGUGUGUGUCAACACGCAUACAUACACACUGUGACUUUACAAAGACUCAGAAAGCAAUUAAUUUGCCAACCACAGAGCCAUCACCACUAUGCAUUCUAAACUGUCUCGUGCCAAAAGCUGUUUUCUAGAUUAGAAUUUGGGAAGUUUCUUCUGUCCUACUGGAGACAAAUCUCAGUCUGUAUCUUUUAGUUUUUUUAACCGGCCAUUGGAGCCGUUAUUUCAGGCAUCCAGGGUUUCUGGAAGUAAGUCAUUUUGGUAACAUCCUACACAGGUUUUCUGGAAAGAACAUUGUGGUACUAAAUGUUGAGGAAAUUGUGACAAUUCCACAUGAUAGUAAACAUACUCAGUAGCCUCAUUCAUUCAAGUUUGUUUUAGAAAGAAUCAACACAUGUAAAUAGUUCCCCUAUAAGUAAACGCAAUUGUUAAUUGCAUAGAUCCAUUUUAAGUCAAGUAAAAAUGUCAUUACAGGAAACUUUAUUCUCCAUAUAUGUUUAAAUAUAUGCUUGCCUGUGAUUUAUACAACCAUAUGGAAAGCCAAAUGUAGCAUGGUUCAUGAUCAGCUGAGCUGUGCUGCUGUGCUCUGAAUAAAUGAGCCUCAAAUAUAAACAUGGCAGAUUUUCACUGGGUAACAUCCUUGCAGAACCUGCAGCUUUGCCCCCUCUGCUGCUGUAUAAGUCCUGUGCCUUACACUGCUGAGCCACUGGGGUGUGUGACAUGUCUUAUGGACUGAACAAUGAAAGAUGAGGAUUGUGAUUGAUCGUCAAGUGAUUUGUAUAAAUCUCAAGGCAGUCUGAACUGGAACCAGUUAAAUUAUUCAUCACUAGUCCACUCAGUGUAGGGUGUAACAAGUUACAGGAUUCAGAUGAAUGGCCACCACGAGGUGGAUACACAUGUGGGGAAAAAAAUCACCUCUACUAUAUUUAAGUCAUGUUCGGAAUUAUCAAGUCACUUGGAAAAUAAAUGCAUGUGAAUCACAAUGAAUUGUCAACUGUUAAAGUUCUGCAGUGAAUUGUUUUGUUAAAAAGGAGUAGUAGCAGAUGGCAAGUGAACUCUUCACUCUUCCUGCUGUUAAAAUAUGAUUUGUGUCCCUUAUUAAGAAGCAAGAAUGGCCUUCACCCCAAAGAAAUUUGAGAUUUUGAAUUGUGAUGGAGACAAACUCAUUCAGAUACUUAAUCAGAAGUAUACAUUUGUUUCUGUUGUGUAAAACUAAGUGAUUUAAAUGUUUGUGGUUGCUUUAUGAGGUUGUACCAGGAGAGAAUAUUUGAUCUGAGGUGAUGACUUCUAAUAUUAAAGUGCCUUAACUUCC